AUGCAUCCCUCUGGGAUACCGCCGUCAUGUAACGUUGGGGAAUGCGUGCUGUCGGCGGCACGGGUGCACCCACCUCGUUCCGGAACAUCGCCGGCUGCUGACCCACCUAAAAGACUGCCUCCCGGGAGCUGUAUGGGUCAGUUACCGUCCACAGUCAGUCAAGACCUUCUCUCCGCUUCAGCGGGAGGCGCAACGAACGCAGACGACUCUAUUCGUCUCGGUGACAACCAGAACUCAACCCCUUCCACCACGAAUGGUGGAGGUGGCGUCGGUGGAGUUGCCGAACCCCUGGCGAAGUCCCCGUCCGUGGCUGCAAUGGUGUCGGCUAACUCCCCCAGUGCCCUGGUGACCUCGCCUUUGAUGAACUUCUACGAAACCGCGGGUGGUAGCACAGGUGGGACCUACGUUACCCAUCCAGCGAACCUCGGGGCCAUGGUUAACGUGCAACGCGUUGGAAAGCCUGGUAGUCCUGGAGCUACUGGCUCACCGUCAGGCGCGAGAUCGUUUUGGCGGUGCUCCUGGCAAUACUGGGUCAUUUUGAUCUGCGUUCUUGCCUUCCUUCUAGCUGUCAGCUUUGCAGUGUUCUUCUCCGGCCUCUUCAACCCCGACAGUCCCCCACACAAAAUUGAGCCCAACACACAGGUCAAGGUUCGCCUGGAUCCGAUGGGUUUAUGGGCAGGCCAUUGGCUUGUUCUCAGCGAACUCUGCACCAUCUACAAUCUCACCGUCACCUCUGAGCUCUCCUCAAUAGGUAUCUUUCUGCGCUACAGCACAAUGCCCACAAUCGUGCAUUACAAUCACUUCGACCGAAUCCUUGGUCGUCAAUUGAAGACGGACGCCGAGAUGAAGAAAAGUGGCGCCGACCUCCCACGAGAGGCCUUCCCCUCCGUGCCUUCAGCAUCUCAUGGAAAAUUGAAUUCCCCUAGAACAACGGGCAGAGUGCGGUGCCUCAAGAAGGGCCACUGGUUCAUCUCCCUGGUUAACGACCAGCCAAGGACGGAGGACGUUGUCAUUUCCAUGGCCGAGAUAGUGAUGCUGCGUGGGUGCCCGAACGACUGCAGCAAUCGAGGCAUCUGUUCUCAGGGCGUCUGUGAUUGCCUCAAUGGCCUGACCGGCAAGGACUGCUCCUCCAUUGCUUGUGCCGACAUCGGUCUCUAUACUGGUCUGAUCGCUUUAAUGGACGGCGAACUAUCGCGCCUAACACUCAGCGGCGUAAUUCCAUCUUGUAAUCAAAGCAACAUGGAAGCAACGCAUCUUCACGUCCCUCUGUUAAUUGAGGAGGUGCCGAUCUGCAGCGGCCACGGCGACUACCGACAGGGCAAGUGCCACUGCUACGCAGAGUGGAAGGGUCCUGAGUGCGAGCUUCUCUGGUCCGAGUGUCCCGAGCCCACGUGUUCGGGCAACGGUCGCUGCGUCACCGGGGAGUGCCUUUGCUUCGACGGUUACGGAGGUGACGCCUGUCAAUUCAGAACCUGUGGCUCGCACAAUUGCUCUGGCAAUGGCGUGUGCAUCGAUGGUGUUUGUCGGUGUUUCGCCGGCUGGGACGGCGCGGCCUGUGACCGUCGUGCGAGGAAGCCUGACGCGGCCGCCGGCGACAGCAACGAGUUUUCCAGUCUCACACAGAAGGACGCCGUGCCACCGAGUCCACCACCCGACCCCGCCUGCUCCCUCAACGGUCACCGCGACCCCGUCAAGGGCACCUGCCGUUGCUUCCCCGGCUUUGAGGGGCCCGCCUGCGAGAAAGGUGAGCGCUUUUAUUCAGCGAUUCGCCUACGCAACAUGUCCCAGUGUGCUUUGCCUGUUGCCUGUCACUUUUUUUUUCAAGCCGACCACUUCGAGGGGAACGUCACGUGUUCGAGCCGCUGUGUGCACGGCGUCUGCACGGGCGACCGGCGCCGCCUGCUUGUCGGGGGAGCCGCGCUGCCGGGGCUGCUGCUGCCGGCAGCGGCGGCUCUCAUCGACCCAGCAGUGUGCCACUGCCACGACGGCUGGCGCGGCGUCAACUGUGACCUGCCCACGUGCCACGCCAAGUGCCUUCUCAACGGCCACUGUAUCAACGACACCUGCGUCUGCAACCGCGGCUGGUCUGGCGCCAACUGUAAUCUCAGUGAGUUCGACGAUUUGGUAACCAACUUCAUCCCACCCGAGAUGGGAGCGCUUGUGUUUGGGUUUUGCAUUGUUCGGCAGAUCGUUGACGACGAGUGUCCCCUGGACUGUAGCGGCCAGGGACAGUGUGUCCAAGGUGACGACGGACAUUACUUCUGUCAGUGCUUCGCCAACAGAAAGGGCUCUGCUUGUCAAGUUUCACGAGAGAUAUCCUGCAAUGACGGACGCGAUGACGAUCAAGAUGGCCUCGUGGACUGCCUGGACCCGGACUGCUGUGGGACCGAGCACUGUGAGGAGUUGAUUCGAUUGCGGGGCAGUCAGCAGGCCGUGGAGGAUGCACGCCAGAGCUGCGCCCACAGCACCGAGAUUAGCGGUCUCAUUUUGAGCACCAAGAUGGCCGCGCCCGGCAGCAGCUUCAGCGAUCAGCUCGAGUUUCUCCUUCUUCGUGACCUGACCACCGACAAGGUGAACCCACGACGCGUUUCGGUUGUGCGAGGUGUCGUGCGCCAGUGGGACAGUACGCCGUUUUGGGGUUGCCGCGUCUUCGACCGUCUCAAUCCCGCCAUCGGAUCUGCUUUGACGGACAAAAGCGGCCGCUUUGAAUUGGUCGUUGAUGGCGGAUUUCUUGUCCAAUUGGAGUUCAUUCGUCACCCAACCAGCCGAUUCACGGCCCACCUCGAUGUCUACGUACCGGUGAAUCAGAUUGUCAACAUCGGCGACUUCUACUUAAUGGACAGCUCUUCCGCCACUCCCACCACGGUCGCCUUGCCCAAUGAGGGCGCCGUCGUGGGCGUGGGGGGAAUUCUACCGAGCUCACCCAUCUUUUCCGAUUUGUGGGUGGCUGGCCUUUUCCCCACAGCGACGCCCAAGACCGCCUGUCCCCCAGGGACGCAUGACGUCAGCGCCCUCGGUGGACCCAUGAUUGAGCCGACGAGUGGCGUUGGCGACGCGAAUGGCAAAAAGGACGACGACUUGGUCAUCUGCCUUGAUGCCGACAAAGACCUCUGCAUCAGCGGGGGUGUCCUUUCUCAUCGAUUCCCCUUAAAGGCUUCCAGUCUGCACCUCGUUCACAACACAGACAAGACGGAGAGGUCGCGUUCCUUCCUAACAGUCAACAUGCUUUCAACCGGCCGAUCGCCUCCCGAACAGCUGGCCGAGGUUCACCUGUCCAUCGACGUUGCCGGCCUGCGCCAGUCGUGGAGAUUCGAGCCCAGUCAGGGCCUCGACUUCACCUUCGUGUGGAAUCGCACCGACGGAUACAACCGCCCCGUCUACGGUCGAGUUCCUGCCAAAGUUUCUGUCGGAUUUUUGUACGCCGAUUGUCCGACGGUGUUUUGGGAGCACCGAGUCGCGUACAUGGACGGACACGACAUCUCCCCCAGCGAUUUGGGUCGAUGGAGUCUUGAUGCUCGCCACACCUUCUCACCAAACCAGGGAAUUGUCUACAGAGGCGAUGGAUCGCGACUGGUCGUGGGUGACAAGCACCUUGUGGUUGGUCUAGUGCUCGGGAAACCCAACGUCAGACGUUCGGCCAACAGGUGUGAAAUGUGUCUCGGCAAAGCGCGAGGUAAUCCAAUUUUUCGCGCGGCCGCUUUGGCGACGGACGAGACGGGCCGCCUUCUUGUCGGUGAUGGACAUUAUUUGCGAUACCUUCAAACGGACGACUACCCCAGAAGCUCUGAGAACAUGGGGUCUUUUUCUGCCUCUUUCGAUGCCUCUGCACCCGAUGGAUCCUCAUCUGACGCGGCUACCUCACAACCUCGGUCGUCGGACUGGUUAGUUGCUGAUGUUCGACCAAUGGCAUUCAUCGACGGUGGUGUGGGCGAAGACGAUUGGCCCGUCUAUCACAUAGCACGUCAUCCAAUCAGUAGUGAGGAGCUUGAGGCACUCUCAAGAGGCGGUAUCGGUGGUGGCCGUGCCGGUGUUUUCAUUUCGGACACACGAAACAAGACUAUUUGGUGGACGAGCCUUGUAAGACGCGACUUCAGUCAGAUGGUCAUCAGCGAGCAGUGUCCACCGAAUAACACCUACUCGGACUGCCUUCGAAUGCCUCUGGUCCAUCCAAAGGGUCUUGUUGUCACGUACAAUGAAGACCUGUUUUUUAUCGACGACAAAAGCCUCUGGCGGUACCAGCUGCGGCGCACAGCGGGACAGAAGCCCACACGGGCCGAGCUUGUGAUUGGGCAACUCGACAGUGCAAGUGUUCCGAUGUCCUGUGAGAGGUCGUUGCCGACGGAGAAAGUGAAGCUGGUCAACCCCUCAGUGGUGGGCUACAAUCCAGUUGAGGACUCGAUUUACUACGUGGAUGACAAAUGUGUCUUCCGUCUGCACUUAGCAAGUCGGAUGGUGUCUCUCGCUGCUGGCCGGCUUCCAGGCUGCAAGGCAUCCGUCUCGACGUCCAGUUCACGGAACCUAGAAGACUCGAAAGCUCCCAUGGCGGUUGAUGUGGAGUUCACUGAAGUCCGCGGAAUUGCAUUCUCCUCUCUGGGUGAAUUGUACAUAGCCGAAUCGGAGGUGAUUUGGAUUCGCCGUUCCGAUGGUCGUUUGUAUCCCUUCGCAGGAACCAAGACUAGCGCGCCCUGGAGUCAGCCUCGUGCAAGCGUCCACCUCCUCCAUCCAUCAGCUAGGGCCUCUUUGCCGUUCGACCAAUCGACGCUAAUCUCUGAGCAACUGGCCAAUGGGGCACCGGUGCGCGAUUUUCGGUUUGCAAAUAUCACCGCAAUCGCCGUAGGCAUCUACGACGAGGUGUUUGUUGCCGACGCCGGACACAAUGUUGUUGUCGGAGUGCGGCCGGAGGCCCCAAAAUUGGGACCUAACAACAAAUACACCAUAAAGAGUGGCCUGGAAGUGUACGUUUUUGACAAGCAGGGACAACUUGAAAGUGUGGUGGAUGCUCUGACCCAGUACCCGGUCUAUUCCCUGACGUUCAACGCGAACGGCUGGUUGUCAAGUGUUAAGCAGGGUCCCAUGGAAAUGGUUCUGGCAAGAGAACCGCUUGGUCUCCCACAGCAGAUGGCCUACAACACCGGCGAGGCCUAUAAUUUAAGUCACUCAUCUCUGAAGAGGGAAUUCGAGUCUAUUUUGGAUCCAUACGGUGGACUGCAGCGCUACAAGUACAACAGUGGGGGCCAGCUAUCCAAAUUAUGGACAGUCUCUAGUGCCCUGCCAUAUAUAGCUUCUUACUCCGCCUCGACCGGUCUCUUGGAGAGUAUUCUACUUCCGUCAGGAGGGCUGUUUGCAGUGGGCAUGGAGACCCAGAAGGUGAAGGGCCGGGGAAAGGUGCCCGACGUGUUUCUAUCUACGGUCCGCAGGCAGGUGCUGGUCGACUCGUCGUCGAGUGGAGAAGUCGUUAAGCUCACAUACGCCGGCGGCGCCCACGAAGUGGUGUUCGAGAGGGUUGACCCGCCCCUACCGGUCAGCAAUAGUAACAACGACCACGCUUCAUGGCAGAUCGCGAGACGCAUUCGAAUGUAUGUGCAACCCCAGUCACCGAAUCAUUUCCUUGUGUCGGAUAACGGUGGCGCUGAAACCGCAUUCAACGCAUCCGCACAAGCCCCCCGGCUAAUUGAAAAUCUCGUGGUUUCCAGUUUCGACAUUUUCGGUCUAAAACAAGAAUACCUGCAACCUAGGACAGAAAGCACUGUGCGUCAGCGGAGGUUCUCUUGGUUUGCAGGCGGUCCUUUCUCGUCCUCUCUGUUCCCUGGACGAGCUCGAAGGGACAUAGCCACCGAAGCGUCCGUUCAGAAGACAAGGAAAACCUUAUCGAUCAACGGCCAGCCGGUGCUUUCGGUGACGCUGGACAGGGAGUCGCGCACAGAGACAUUUCGCAGUCCGGUUUCCGACAAGCUGCUACUUCAAAUAACCUAUAAUGACAAAAUGCAGCCAAUUGGCUUCGCGACGCAUCCCUCCCAGGCAACAUCACAGUCCGGAUUUGCGGACGUGUCCAACAAUCCUGACUUCGGCGCCGCCAAGCCCCGCGACGAACCGGUUCUCGCUUCUCUACGCAUCAUGUACACCCCCGAGGGACAACUGAGGGAGGCUUUCUGGGGACGCUCAAAUUAUCGACUGAGCUACGACUCGAAGAAGCGUCUGCGCACAGCAGAAAUUGGGAGCGCUCUGGACACGCUUGCUUUCGACUAUCAAAAUGUCGCUUUUCCUCAUUUGCCUACGGAAGUGUCGGUGAGCGGAGCAGGCACCUACCGCCUUGUGUAUAAGCAGGAUCCAAACACCGGGGAGAACGGUCUUUCCCACCUGAUCACCCCCUUGGGUCUGCACCGGGUCUUUGCACUCUUCACCAGCAUUGGCGUGGACCGUCUCACUUUGACACCCUGGGCGCUCGAAGUCGGACCCACGUCUUCCUCCGCCUCAUUCACCUACGACUGGGAGACACGCAUUCAUCCAACUUCUGCGUUUCCGGGCAGUCCAUUGGCCCGUUUCACGUGGCCCUCAGGUAGACGUGUUAACGUGUUGCAGUCGAAACGCCUUAUUGUCUACGACAACACCCUCAUUCAUUGGGAUGUAGAUGAGUUGUCGGAGACACAAAUUGUGAGUCUCCACGAUGCUCUAGCGGAGUUCAAAGUGAAGGAAAGGAGGACAUUUGGUGCUGGAACUUUGGUGACCCACGUGCGGGGCGACGUGUUUCUUGCGGGCACCAGUCGCGUCCCAUCAAACCUCGGGGGUCUUCUGGCGUACAGUCACGAGUACGAAUAUGACCACAGUUUCAGAGUGUACGGUAUUCGUUCGUGUCUAUUCAAACCAAAGAGUCAUUCCCCUCUCUGGUGUCACCGAUCUCACAUAACUUAUCACAACUGGGCAGGCUAUUCCAUCAGUCCGCUCAGCGUAAACUUCUUCCAGGAGGGCCAUCUGACCACGGUUACUUGGACACAGGGUGCCCUUAAGUUGAGCAAACGCACCGACAGCCGUGGGCGUCUGCUUUCGGUGGUUCUGGAACGAGAGCCAAAGCACCAUGACGUGCUAGUCAACGCCACGUUUGUGUACGGCGGGGAUGGACUCGACCCCUCCAGUAUGAACUUCGAAACCCUCUGGGACGUCCCAAGGAGCACCCAUUACAGACGUGGACCUGGUGGUCGUGUGGAAGGCAUCGACUACGAGGAAAUCGGCUCCAGCCGCCGACGCCACGUGCAGGUUGUUUACAACGAAGAAUCGAGAGUCUCUGACCUUCGGCAUUACAUUUCUGAUUCUCAGUUCGCCAGCCUCGGUGGAAGCGAGAGUAAACGCAUUUCCACUAAGUUCUCCUACGAGCGCGGUUUGGUCUCCGGAUUCGGCAAUUGGAAGUAUGUCUUCGAUGAAGACGGCUGUCUCGUGGAACGCCGUCUGCGAGACAACGGGGGCAUUGAGGACCUGUUUGAGUACGACAGUAAAGGCCUGCUCCGAUGGGUGGAGAGACGAGUUUCGUUAGCCACAUACGGUGAUCACGCGAAACACCAGCCUACCUUUGGCGACUCAUUUUGCAGUGGAUUCGAAAGUGUCUGCUACCCCCAGGAGUUGGGCAUUGUCAAAGAUUACUCCAUCCAAUUUAUGUAUGAUGCAGAGGAUCGUCUGGUUGUCGUACGCAAUACUUUGUCCACUACUGACAUGGUCCAGUACUUCUAUGCCCAUCCUCAAAAUCCAGAUCGCCUUACUUCGUUCUUCCACUACGGGAAAGGAAAAGCCUAUUUCCUUAAUUACGAGCAACAAACCGGUCACCUGUUUGCGGUCGAAGAGGUCGAUUUAUCUGGGACUGCCGAUUCGAACCCCGAGCGCAAGGUCUACCUUGUUGUCACGGAUAGUGAGGGUUCACCUAUCAGCUUAUUUAGCGACGACAAGCUGCUUUGGACGGCUGAGUACAGCGCAACAGGAGGUCGUCGCCUGAUGAACCGUGACGUGUCCCUUACACAGCUCCUCGACGACUUGGUGGUUCCUCUGGGUUACCGGGGCGCCGUUCUGAAUCCCCACACGGGCUUCCUCUUUGCCGCGCCCACCUGGCAAGCCUACGACCCAAUGGGCGCGACACUCACCAGUCCCGAUUGGCGUCGAGCACCGACUUUGCGCCUCAGGAAGCUGCACAGCCAUCCCCAGGCGCUCGACCUCCACCUGUGGCUCCCCGAAGACUCCAAUCGAAAUCCGCUAGUGCGCCUACAGGAGGCCAUUCGCAGUCCCACCUGGUGGUUGCGCCGCAUCGACCAGGACAUUGAUCGACUUUUCCCGCGUUUUCAACCCGAUACCGGCGCGGUUUCCGCCCCGUCAGCUGCAGGCAAGUUAGACCUCCUGCCGACCAAAUGUCGCCAGGGUGUGCUGGUGUCCUCCAAGCGACUGCAACAGGCCAAUCAAAUAAAUGAGCAGCUGGAGCGUUUGGGCAUCGUCAAUAUGGGCCAACUCGCUCCGGAUCCACUCUCGACGCUUUUCGACGACGCUUGUCCCAUGUCCAGGAUCAAGGUUACCUCACCCAUUUUCGGAACCGAUGUGAGUUUUGCGUUAUCGCUCGACGGCACGGUGUCUGUUCUGCCUUGUACAAACACCACGGUGAGCCAAGCAGCUCGGGUGCUCCUGUCCGGUGCUAAGUUGAUGGACUCCUGGUACCUCCCCACACCGUCUCACGGCGGACUGGCAGCAGUCACGUCAUUCGUCCAACUCUUCGUGAAGGUCACCCCCAGCCUGGACACCGACCUCGCGGCCCUCCGCCUGCAGCGCUCCCAGCUUCUCUCGCCCGCAUCCGUCCGACUCAGUGGCAACGCGUCGCCCCUCAGCGGGGUACGCCUGAGUCUGGACAACAGCGCGGGCGUGGAGAUGCGGAUAACGUCCGCGGGUUCGUCGGGUGUGGAGUGGCGCCUGCGCUACGCCGACAGUUGGGCCGCCGCUAGCGCGCGUGUCCUCCAAGAGGCGAAACGACGCGGAAUUCUGGGAGUCCAGCGACGAGCCGCCUCACGCGUGGGCCCACGAGGUCGUGGGCCUCGCACAUCACCGAAGCCUUGGCCGCCCUGGCCCUCAGCAUCACCCGAAUCGAAGGAACUGGAGGCAAACAAUGGAGAGGUGAAGGGCUACGUCUGGGAGCCGGUAAUCAGAGAGCCAAAGAGAGCUGCCAUCCUUUCCGAGUUGUUGGAUGACCCCGCGAUUUAUCAGUUGCGGCCGGCGAAUGCAGCUCAUCAGAAAAAAUCCAAGGCCGCGUUAUAA